UGUUCCUUUUCCGGUAGUCUAAUCGAAGACGGCAGUUUGCGGGGAAAAGAUGAAACAGCUUGCGUAUGACAACCUCACCUGAGCCAAUGGCGAUCUUGACCACUUGUUGUAGAAGAUCUGUCCGAGACGGAAGCUUCAUUGCGGGGAUAUAUACUUUGGUGCUCUACAUGGCUGUUGUCAUAGUUGGUACGUUUUAUCUCAACUCAUUGUUGGAACCAGCAUUACUAGGAGUCACGCUUCUUAGUGUCGUGUUGGCUGGAUUUUGUGUGGUAACUUCAGUAAUCCUUAUCGUUGGAGUCUGUGUGGACAGUAAAGGCAUGCUUCUUCCGUGGGUUACUACCGUAUCCUGUACCACAGCAAUAGACAUCGUCCUCGCUGUGUACCUAUUGAAAGACGUAGUUGAAAUGCCUUACCUUGGGGGCCUUUUUAUCAUCGAUUCUCUGCUUGCUUGCGUGAAUGUGUACUGCUUACUUUGUGUGAUUUCCCAGUAUCAAGAAUACCGAGCAGGAAGAGGUCGCCCGGAGGACAAUUUCUGACGUGAUACUGAUUUAAAGGAGCAUGUGGACUUACCUGUGAUAACAUCUUUUUUAAAUAUUUGGAGUAAUAAUUUGAAUUUUUGA